UCACGUUGCUCGACAGAGCGCUUGAACAACAGCAGUGAGAUGAAAUGCUCAUGCUGCGGUAUACUGUCAAUAAACUGACAGCUGCUUGUAAACCUUCAGUAGAUUUGCAGGAUUGUAUUUACGUCCUUCUUGUGACCAGCAGAAGAAAACACAACGAAAGUACAACACCACUAGAGGGAGCUUUGGGAAGAAAUGCUCGAACUGUGAUUGCUGCGAGACCCUCCCAGCACAGAAACAAACUGCGUUUGCAAGAGAGCUAUAGCAGGUGUUUGUGCAGUGCAGCCGGAGGCAGGAAACCCAUGGCAGAGGGACCUUUCGUGUGUGAAGACAGCAACCUGGAUGGAGGUCACACCGUAUCUCCUCCUGACCUCGAGAUAUGUGACUCUGGUGAGACGAACAACCCGCUGGAUUACAGACAAAAGGGAGACGUGACAUGUUCCAAACAGGACUCUCAAGGGCGCUUUGUGAAUCCGUGGACAACAUGGCACUUUCCGUCCUACAGCACCAUCCUUCGCCUCUUCCUCACGGAGAAGAACAACAGCAACAUUCCCAGUGCCAAAGAGGAUCUGGACCGAGAACUUCCUGUCCAGGAGCCAUAUUUUGUCCAGAAACCGGAUCAGUGCAGGCAGACGGGCUCAUCUGUGCGAGCGACAUGGCUGGGUCAUGCCACUGUGCUGGUGGAGAUGGAUGGAUUGGUGCUUUUGACUGAUCCUGUUUUCAGCCAGAGAGCUUCGCCAAUGGCAUUCAUGGGCUCGAAGCGUUACCGUGGCCCACCUUGCACUGUGAAACAGCUUCCUCAAGUGGACGCAGUGGUGAUCAGUCAUACACACUACGAUCACCUCGACGUCGAGUCGGUGACAGCGCUCAAUGCUCGGUUCGGUUCUGGCCUGCACUGGUUCGUGCCACUCGGGCUGGCAGGAUGGAUGCAUAAGACAGGCUGUGCUAACGUCACCGAGCUGGACUGGUGGAAGGGCAGUGGAAUUCCCGGUCGUGAAGACUUCACCGUGUUUUGCACGCCAGCACAGCACUGGUGCAAACGCUCACCUUUCGAUGACAACAGAGCAUUAUGGGGAAGCUGGACUGUCGUGGGCCCUCGUAACCGCUUCUUCUUUGCUGGAGAUACGGGGUACUGCUCAUCGUUUCAGGAGAUAGGAAGACAUUUUGGACCAUUUGACCUGGCUGCUAUCCCAAUUGGAGCGUACCUGCCCAGAGGGAUCAUGAAAUCUCAGCAUGUGGACCCAGAGGAGGCUGUGCAGGUCCAUGUAGACAUCAAGGCGAAAAACUCACUGGCCAUUCACUGGGGCACAUUUGCUUUAGCCUAUGAGCAUUAUCUUGAACCUCCUCGACGUUUGCGUGAAGCUAUGGUGAAUCAGGGACUGAAUCCAGAUCUGUUCUUCACACUUGGUCACGGAGAAUCACGCGUGAUCAACCAGGAUGCGGAUCCUUCCAUCUAAAGAAAAUACCAGUAAUACACAGGCAAAACGAAAGUGCCUAUCACACAAUAGGACUCCAUUUUUAUGAGAUGUAAAUUUGCUGUUAUAGAUGGUCCAGUGGCUGGACUCUGGAUUUCAUAUAACAUCAAUGUAUGUUUAUAAAAUGAUUUAAACUUGGGUAAAUAUCAUGGUCUGGCUAUAAUAAACAUAAUACUGCA